UACAACAAACAUUUCAGGAUUUGGAUCUAAAAUUUUGAAAUGUCCGGAAAUAACAGAGGAAACCAGUAUCCUGCUGGCUGUCAACCUCCGCCAGGGCCAGGAUUCUAUCCUCAAUGUCCAUCAGGCCCUGCACCACUCCAGCCAUGCCCUCCUCAGCCAUGUCAUCCAUCUGUGUGCAUCCCUGUGGCUCCACCUUGUGGAGGGUAUGGAGGCCAAGGUCAUGGACUGGGGCCUUGUGGAUAUGGACCUGACUAUGAUCAGAGCCAUGGUCCUGGACAUGGCCACGGGCAUGAUCACGGGCACGGGCAUGAUCACGGCCACGGGCACGAUCAUGGGCAUGAUCAUUGCCACGGGCAUGAUCACGGCCACGGGCACGAUCAUGGGCAUGAUCAUUGCCACGGGCACGGGCAUGAUCAUGGCCACGGGCACGGGCAUGAUCACGGGCACGGGCAUGGACAUGAUCACGGCCACGGGCACGGACAUGAUCACGGCCACGGGCACGGGCAUGAUCACGGGCAUGGGCAUGGACGUCACGGACGUGGCCACAAACAUAAGUAUGGACACAUGCAUGGCCAUUGUCACAAGAGAGGAAGGAAGUGUCAUGGG